GCUUAUGGGAAAUUGAGCUGACAUCUGGGAAAGCAUCAAUCAUUUUAGACAGAAUGGUUGAUCAGCUCCAGGGAACAUGGAAAUCCAUUUCUUGUGAAAAUUUUGAAAAAUACAUGAAAGAGCUGGGAAUAGGAAGAGCCAGCAGGAAACUUGCGUGUCUGGCAAAACCCACUGUGACCAUCAGUACACAGGAAGAUCUGAUCACUAUAAAAACCAAAAGCAUCUUUAAAAAUAAUGAGAUCUCCUUUAAACUGGGAGAAGAGUUUGAGGAAACCACACCAGGUGGCCAUAAAACCAAGAGUGUGAUAACCUUCGAUAAGGACUCUUUGAUUCAGGUUCAAGAUUGGGAUGGCAAAGAGAACACCAUAAGGAGAAAGUUGGUGGAUGGGAAAUUGGUGGUGGAAAGUGCCAUGAACAAUGUUAUCUGCACUCGGACGUACAAGAGAGUACAAACAAACUCAAAUUCAAACUCUCUAGUACUCCCAAACUGUGAUCCAAACUGCUGA